UUAAAUUAAAUUGAUGAUCGUCAAAAGAUUCUUUUAAAUUAGCAUAAUCGAAGCAUAUGGGUGAUUUACAAAAACUUGAUCGUCUUUUCGAGAAAAUCGUCGAAAAUCUCAAGAAUUCAAUUGACAUACAUGACGAUUUCAAAAAUGAAUUCCUCUUGGAAUUGAGAAAGUUUGAAGGCAGCAUCAAUGUGGAAAAAAAGUUUCUUGAAGCAUUAACUACCCAAGAAGACUCCGAAGAUGAAGAAAUUACAGGCAAACAUGAAUCAGGGCGUGGAAGUCACAACAUCAAGCUGUUUGUAAAUUGUUUCAAGUUGUUUAAAGGUAGGUUCGAGUAUUCAUAUCGUCCUCCACCUCAAGCAAUUGCUCCUGAAAGUGCUAAGCAAAUUUCAAACAAAGAACAAACAUCCAAUGCUGACUCAGCGCAAAGCAGUUCUAAGGAUAAUUCUAAGUAG